GAAGUUGAGGUGAUUUCCCCUGCACUGGAGAGAGAUGGUGAGCUGGUUGUAUGACAAAUGGGAACCAUCAUGGAAUUUGUGAUGUUGAGGGUCUGAGGACCUGUGUAGGGGAGGCAGUUAGGGGCAUUCUAUCAGGAACGCAGUGCACAGUGGUCAUCAGCACUGUCUGAAAUAGGACGUACACACGAAGGAGUACAUAGCUAGCAAGGCCAAGGUGUACUGAGAGGACAUAUACACCUCCACUGGUUAUAUAGAUGGUCAAAGGUAAGCUCAUCUUCAGGGGCAAGUACAUCAACCCAUGAGUGGACACAUCAGUAUAGGGCCUGUGUAGGACCCAUGCGGAUAUCAAAGCCAUAGAUAGAGGUGAGAUAGGGACACACACAUGUAUACAUGGUAAUAUAUAUAGCCAGCACAUGUUGGUCUGCCACACAUCAUAAUGACUGAUUAAUGAAGGAGCAGCUUUACCUGUAUGUAUACACUUCAUAAUAACUGAUUAAUGAGCCGCCCUACCAGUGUAUGCUCUUAUACAUCACAACAAAGUGGCUUCUUUUCUCCUUUCUCCAGACUUUUCCGAGAAUAACAUAUAUUUCGUUUUGAUCAACAGACAAAACGAUAACAAAAGGAUUACUAAGCAAACAAGGUUGGUAUGUGAAGUAAUUGUUCACCUCACCGCUCUACGUCACCGCUGCUUUACUGGUGUGGUUAUGGGGAAUGUACCAGGACAAAAUGCAUCUCCUGAAGUGAAGUGUUACUCAUCUAUUGCCCCUCCCUUAGCCUAGCCCCUCAAUGGGGUCAAAUGUGUGUGGGGGAGUGUCAUCAGGUACAAGGUCAAGAAUCUUACAACUCCUGACACCCGAUAAGAUAACACUUCUACAACUCCUACUCACAGCCAUUCAUAAAAUUAAUCAGCGUGUACUAACUGCCUGUGAAAGCACAUGGUCCACAAAAAGGAAAGUAGCAUGUGAAUAAGGACUUAUAGUAUUGACUCAGGAUCUACAGUUAAUAGGCAGUGAACACUUUAACAGGUAUAUGAUAAUCAUCAUAAACAUUUGCCUUUAAGCCUGUAUGGUAAACUACUACUGUGUACAGUCCUGGCCUUUGUUAACCAGUGACUUUCUCUGUUGGCGAGGGAUAUCACAGUAUACGACCUUUUUUGCAGGCUUGGUUAACUAAUCAUACACAGAUUACUGAACUUGAAUGGAUAUACCCGCCACUGAACACAGACAUGCGUGAACCACACCGGGAAUGGAGCUACAUGUGUGUACAACACUAUUAGUACUGUGUAUACCUUACCUAGGUGUUCUAACCCCUGUGUGAUACAGCCCUGGGGGAACACGCUAGACACCUCACCUCACUCAACCCUGCCAUAUACCUGUUUAUUUUCUAAACAAAAGUCUGGAUUUGAUUUUAUUGAGAUAUGGACUAUUUACUUGGAUGGUAUCGGAGAAAAUGGCUGGAAGGAGGUGUGUAAUACAUAUAUGAUCAGUGAUAUCAUCAGUAAUGUGUAAUGAUGUGAUGUAACUUUCUAAACAGGUGACUACUUUAUUAGUACUACUUGGUGACAUUUUCAUCAGAUCAAGGUUCUGACUAAAUAUUUACCGGGGCAAUGGCCUUGUGUCCACUGGACUCUCAACCAAAGCACAUGUCACUAGCCGAACAAAGAGCAGGAAAUUGUCACCGUUUAACAAAAUUCUAAUGUUGAUCUCAUUUCCACAGUAUUCAGUAAGAUUCUAUUGAAGGAUUGGGAUAUCUAACACACAGACUCUAUAAGUAGACAUUACGUAUUGGACAAAUCUCCUUGGGUGGAGAGAGGUCUGUGUCAGUGUACAAAUCGUGUGCCCAUUGAGGAUUGGCUCUUUGUCUACUUUUAUGUUAUGUGUUGGUGUUCCUGUGAGACGGUUAUUGGUGUGAUCAUUACCUGAACUUGAGUCAGUGAAACUUGUGGAGGUUUUGUUUAGAACCACUGCUUCAAAUUGAGUGUUUUUUGUGUUUGAAUUGAUGGCUUAAGUGACGAAAACGGACCUUGUUGUGUGUAAGACUACGUAAUUGUAAUAGAGUUAUUGGCAUGCUCCUACCUAGAAACACCGAAGCCUUUGUCUUAUGAUACACAGGUGAAUAUAGCAAACCAUUGCGGAUAGAACACGUCCUGUCAUAACUAAAGGGGACGUGGGUCCAGUCACAACAGAAUGCAGUUCUAAGGUCAGUGAGUCUUUGAAAUAUAUACAUGGCUAAGAUGGCAGUGGUCAAGCGUGAAGUGGUCAGUAUAAUGGACGCGGUUGAGCCUGUAGAACCCAUUUAUGUUAAAAACAUGUGGAAGAGUCCUGCCACUACAACUCAUCAAGCAUGUAAAAAGUGCCAAAAAGAACGUUCACGAAAUAGCCCCAAAUGGAAACAGAAAUCUCGCCAGAAGCCAACUAAAUCCAAUACCCCAAUUGUCAUUCAGCUAAAAGAUUCUUUAAAGGCAGCUCUGAGACAGAAACAGCGCUCUCUGGCGGACACUGUAAUCAAAUGUAAGGAUGUUGAGGUAUCCAUAGACAACGAAGGGGACAGUUCUUCAGGUAGGGAGGACAAUUCAACCAACAUCAAACAUCUCAAACGAAAGAAUGAUGUCAAACAUCUAAGUGCCUUAAUCUCUGUCAUAGAGAAGUCCCAUCAGAAAGACAGGUGUACAAAUUUCACACACAGUGCCCAAAACAGAAAUUCAAAACUUGUGGCUAAUUAUGUUCUCAAUAAUGCAAACUAUGUCACUGACACAAAGGACAGCUCUCGACCCAGGAGCAUCAUCGAAUGUGAAAAUGUUGAUGUCAUAUGCAAUGACUUGAAUAGCAGUGAGAAAAGUUCUGUUACAACAGAAGAUACAGAGAGUGAAAAUGGAUCUACAAUCUCAAGUUCUGAAAUCCAGUCUGACUCUGAUCAGUCCGUUUCAUACGAAAAUUCAGAGAAUUCCAGAAUGUCCAAAGACGAGUUGGAGAAAUUGGCUUUGUUCACAACAGGAUGUCCCCUGGUACGAUUUGACUGCCCACCCUCAGAAUGUCCUCAGUGUCUAUCUGAUUUGUAUAAUAGUCGGUAUUACUAUGACCAUGGAGACAAUGCCUUUGAAUUCCAUGAGGACCAGGAGUGUGAGGAACCAAGUCCUGCAUCUUUCACUGUACCUACUACUAUACGAGAUUCGGAAGCUGAUGAGGCAUCUUUGACAACCACAACUGAUUCCUCUGAAGUCUCACCUACCAUACCACCCGCUCAGUCCAAAUUAUCCAAAAAUGCUCAACCAUUCAAAUCUAGAAAUCCAAAGAACAAUUGCCAAAGAUCUGACAGGGGUAGACAACUGCUGGAUAUAGAUAUUGCUGGAAGGGGAGGUAAAUCCAGUGAAGACCUGUUCCCUGACAGUGUUUAUGUUGAUUUGACGGGUACUGAUGUAACAUUUACUGUGUAUUAUGAUCAUAGCUGGUUAAUAGACACUAAUGAUUCAUCAGGCAUCAUCAGUCAGCUACAUAGUGCUGAAAACAACUAUGCAACUUCCAGGAAUCAUUCCAUGUCUGAGUUGAUGUGGCAGUCUGGUGUUUCGGGGGAGCCCUCCUCGGAAUCGUUGACAGACCUGUCCCACAUGUCGGUGCCCCACUGGUACUGGCCAUACAUCUACCCUCCAGUAUACAGCCUUGCCACUUCUAUGUACAGCCACCCCCUGGACACAACCAAUGUCCCCAAGACACAGAUGAUCCCCCCACAUCAACUAAGAUCUUUCAAUUCCACUCAGCCGCCUAGUCGACAGUGGGUAUGGUUAGCCAAUUCUGAAAGGAACAGACCAACAGCCAUCUUCACUGUGAUGUGCUACAAUGUACUUUGUGAUAAAUACUGCACAAGACAGCUGUACGGGUACUGCCCCUCAUGGGCCCUCAACUGGGAGUACAGGAAGAAGGGCAUCAUGGAGGAGAUCAAACAUUGUGCUGCAGAUAUCAUCUGUCUACAGGAGGUAGAAACUGACCAGUUCUACAAUUUCUUCCUCCCCGAGCUUAAGAGGGAUGGCUAUGAUGGCAUCUUCUCUGCCAAAUCUCGAGCAAGGACCAUGACAGAGUCAGAAAGGAAAUAUGUAGAUGGUUGUGCAAUAUUCUAUAGAACAUCAAAAUUCUCCUUAUUAAAGGAACAUCUAGUAGAGUUUAACCAGGUUGCCAUGGCAAAUGCUGAGGGUUCUGAUGACAUGCUUAACAGGGUCAUGACUAAGGACAAUAUAGGACUGGCAGCCAUGCUGGAAACAAAGGAGGGUGUUUUUGAAAAUGGUGCACCAGCUGAGAACUUUAUCUGUCAACAAAUAAUGGUAGCAACUGCCCACAUCCACUGGGACCCAGAGUUCUGUGAUGUCAAGCUUAUACAGACCAUGAUGCUUAUGUGGGAACUCAAGCAUAUCAUCGAAGAAAGUAUUCGCAGCUUCCGGCCAGGUUCCUCCACCCCGGACAUUAACUCCAUACCGCUCAUAUUAUGUGGCGACUUAAACUCCCUCCCAGACUCAGGUGUUUUGGAGUUUCUGAACUCAGGAAAAGUAUCAAGAAAUCACGUGGACUUUAAGGAGAGAGGAUAUGAUGAUUGUCUACAACGCAUCAAUGUGUCCACAGAGAAAGACUUCUUGCUUCACGAUUUCCGUCUUGGUCGUGCCUACGACAAUGAUAUCAUGCCUUUCACAAAUUACACGUUUGACUUCAAGGGUAUCAUCGAUUACAUCUUUUAUUCUCGUGACCACUUGAACUUACUCGGUCUGCUUGGCCCCCUGAAUGCAAACUGGUUCCAACAGAACAAAGUUGUUGGCUGCCCUCACCCCCAUGUGCCCUCAGACCACUUCCCCCUUCUGGUAGAGUAUGAGAUGCCGGUCCCACGGUCAGAAAAUUCACGUCAAGUCAGUACAGCUAAUACGCCUGUCAAAAACAGAUAGUGCCUGGCACAGUAACUCUCGCCUCAUCAGGAGACAUUGACCGUCAUCAUCAUACCAUGUCACCAUGGUUUUUGUUUUCAGUCUUUUUUUAAUAAUUCUUUUUUGUGUUAGAAAUCAUUGUACCUUUGUAGAAAAUAUCUUGAGAGUAUAUUUAAUGUUGACUAUGACAGAGUUUCAAAUUUUUACUGUUAUUUUUUAUUGUACAUGAGGGUUUUUCAACCAUUUUUAUCGCUGUCAUAUCAUGAAUACUACAAUAUUAUGUGAAUGAAUUUUUUAUAUAUACAAUUUUUUAAUAAAAUGCAAGCAAGGUGCACAACCCAUUCGAAGAACAAACAAUAGGGGAGACAAUUCAUGUGUGAAAUAUUUGUUUGCAUUAUUUAUUGUUACCUAUUUAUUUUGCCAUAUCAGUGUGUAUGGUUAACUUCUGUGUCAUAACAAGGGAAGAAGCAUAAUACAUACAUCCAGCCAGUAUGGCCCACAACCUUCAAAACUUUGUUCAAAAUCUAUUUUCGUACUACGAGAUAAAAAAUGGCAAUUUUUAUUGUGUGCUGUUGCAAGUAUUUCCAUCAGUUUUCUACAUGGGUAUGAAAUGAAAAAAAUAAUUGAAUUUGAUAUUAUAUUGGUUUUCACGUUAGGUGGGAGUAUUUGACACACAGCAUUGGCUGUCAGUUAUGGUGUUGGACAAUGUUGUCAUCACUGUUGUACAAGUGGCAGCCAUUUCUAUGUACAGCCAUGGUAGCCAUUACCAUGUACAGCCAUAACAGCCAUUACUAUGUUAAGCUGUGGCAGCCGUUAGUAUGUUCAUCUGUGGCAGCCAUCACUAUUUGCAGACAUAGCAGCUGCUACUAUGUAGUGGUGGCAGCAGCUACUUGUACACUGGUGGCUGUCAUUGAUGUGUACAGCCGUGGCAGCCAUUACUAUGUAUAGCCUAGGCAGCCACAUACUGGCUCUUGUGAUGUGGUGAAUUUAUUACCUAGGAAAAGCUGGAUGGUUUUAUUUCCUCACCGAAAUGAUGUGGCUAUUUUAGUGUUGUGUACCCAACACAAUUGUUAUACGUUUUACUGCUAAAUCAUACCUCGUUACAUAACAGUUGUAAUAUUGUGUUGUUACGAUGUUUGAUCACAUUUAUUGUUACAAUGUCAUGUUUGAUAGUGUAGGAAACUAUAGUAACAAUAUCUUGCAGCAAACUACUUUGUUCUGUCUUUUGAUACUAUUCUUAUAACAUAAAACUUGUUAAUAUAGCUAAAAUGUCAGCUUUAUCACUAUAGUAACAAUUUCAGCUUUAUCACUAUAGUAACAAUUUCAGCUUUGUCACUAUGGUAACAAUAUCAACUUUGUCACUAUAGUAACAAAAUAACAAUGUCAGUUUUGUCACUAUAGUAACGUCAGUUUUGUCACUAUAGAUAAAAUGUUAGCUUUAUCUCUAUAGGUACAAUGUAAGCAUUAUUGCUACAGCCACAAUGUCAGUUUUGUUACUCUAGUUAAAAAGUCAGCAUUGUACCUAUAGUUUCAAGGUCAGCAUUGUUACUAUUGUUUCAAGGUCAGAAUUGUUACUAUUGUUUCAAGGUCAGAAUUGUUACUAUUGUUUCAAGGUCAGCAUUGUUACUAUUGUUUCAAGGUCAGCAUUGUUACUAUUGUUUCAAGGAUACCUUUGUAGAUUAUUGUAAUGUCAGGUUUGUUACAACAGCUUCAUGUCAUCUUUGUUAUGAUAGUUUCACAAGGAUUGUUACUAUUAUUAUAAUGACAGCAUUGUUACUAUAGUUACAAUGGCAGAUUUGUUACUAUAGUUACAAUGGCAGAUUUGUUACUAUAGUUACAAUGGCAGAUUUGUUACUAUAGUUACAAUAGCAGAUUUGUUACUAUAGUUACAAUGGCAGAUUUGUUACUAUAGUUACAAUGGCAGAUUUGUUACUAUAGUUACAAUGGCAGAUUUGUUACUAUAGUUACAAUGGCAGAUUUGUUACUAUAGUUACAAUGGCAGAUUUGUUACUAUAGUUACAAUGGCAGAUUUGUUGUAGUAACAAUCUCAGAUUUGUUGUUGUAGUAACAAUCUCAGAUUUGUUGUUUUAGUUACAAUGUCAGAUUUGUUACUAUAGUUAAUGUCAUAAUUGUUACUAUAUUUACAAUGUCAGAUUUGUUGUUAUAGUUACAAUGUCAGAUUUGUUGCUAUAGUUACAAUGUCAGCUUUGCUACUAUGUUUUCCAUGUCAGGUUUAUAACAAGUUUUAAUACGACACUGAUGAUAUGGAUCUAGAAGCCUUGUUCAGUUUUAUUAGGUUCACCUCUGUGUAUUGUUGAUAAUCAGUAUUAUAUACACACACCGGUAGAAUUCCUGUAGGUUUUUGUGGCAAAUAUGAACAUUCAGUAUAUACAUUAUCAGAUAGUGUAUACAUUAUCAUGGUAUACAUUAUCAGAUAGUGUUUACAUUAUCAUGGUAUACAUUAUCAGAUAGUGUUUACAUUAUCAUGGUAUACAUUAUCAGAUAG